GAACACGGGAGCAGAAAGGGACGAAGUUGCGAAACUCCCGUGUAGGAGGGAGCUGCUCUGCAAGCCUGCUGAAAGAAGAAAAAACGCAAAAUAACCUUAAAAACAAAAAAAACGAAGCAAACCGUAAAGUCAAUCCUCCGAAAUCUACAUGUACUGGAAUACUUUUUUGUAACGUUGCUAAUAUAUCCUAUGUGAAGAAAGUAUUUAUACUUUUUUUCUAUUUGCACUAACUAACGGUACUUCAGAACUACUGAGAAUCUUUAUUUUUUACAAAAAAAAAACAUUAUAUAUCACACCCUGUGGAAGGACACCACUACAUUCAAAACCAGCACUUUUCAUUUUCAACCUGUUUCAUCCAAGUUCUGGUUGCUUUCACCAUCCUGCCUGGAGCACGUCUGUGUUGCCAAACACGGAUAAACAAAGCAGACCCAGUGGACACAAUCAAGGUCAGACACAACUAAUCUCUACACACCUGGUACACUUCAGCAGUUCGCUAUGCAGCUUGAAAUCCAAGUAGCUCUCAACUUCAUCAUCUCAUACCUAUAUAACAAGCUGCCAAGGCGGCGGGUCAACAUUUUUGGCGAGGAGCUGGAGAGGCAGCUGAAGCAGAAAUAUGAAGGACACUGGUACCCGGACAAGCCAUACAAGGGCUCAGGAUUCAGAUGCAUCCACGUGGGGGAGAAAGUGGACCCUGUGGUGGAGAAGGCAGCCAAAGAGAGUGGGUUGGACAUCGAUGAUGUUCGCAAUAACCUGCCCCAGGACCUCAGCGUGUGGAUUGACCCCUAUGAGGUGUCCUACCAGAUCGGGGAGAAGGGGCCUAUCAAAGUAUUGUAUGUUGAUGACAGCGGUGAAAGUGGAGCCACUAAUGGAGGGCUGGAUUUGGACAAAGAGAUCAAGAACAGUUUCAAUCCAGAGGCACAGGUCUUCAUGCCCAUCAGUGAGCCUGUGAGUGGAGCCUCUCCGGGCUCCAGCUCUCCCUCUCCUCCUUUCGGCCACUCGGCAGCAGUCAGCCCCACCUUUAUGCCCCGCUCCACGCAGCCUUUAACCUUCACAACAGCCACCUUCGCUGCUACCAAGUUUGGUUCCACUAAGAUGAAGAGCAGUGGACGCAACAACAACAACAACGGCAGCAGCAGCAGUGCCGGGAACAAAGCGGCCCGUACCUCUCCCACUAACCUGGGCCUGAAUGUGAACAGUCUCCUGAAACAGAAAGCCAUCUCCACCUCCAUGCACUCGCUGUACGGGUUGGGACUUGGAGCACAGCAGCAGCACCAGAAGCCCUCUGCUCUGUCCCCUAAUGCCAAGGAGUUUGUGUUCCCCAGCUUGCAGGGCCAGGGGAGCCCGAGCGCUCUGUUCCCUGGGGACAGCUCACUCAGCCUCAGCCCGCUGCAGUACAGCAAUGCCUUCGAUAUGUUUGCGGCCUACGGUGGCCUUAACGACAAGUCCCUCAUGGACGGCUUGAAUUUCAGCUUAAGCAACAUGCAGUAUUCUAACCAGCAAUUCCAGCCAGUUAUGGCCAACUAGUACAUGUUAAGGUACUACUUAAGCUACUGCUUCAUGCAGAAACGACCAGAGAUAAUGUGAUGGGGGAAGCAAACACAAAUGCACAUGUCGGAAAAUUUGAAAACAAAAAAAAAUGUAAACAAAAACAGAAUGUCAAAGAUAAAAGGAAAAAAGGACUUGUAACAUGUAAGAUCUAAGGUUCGAGUCUUAAGAGCAUGAGCCCGAGGGUGAAUUAUGUUGCCCCCUUGAGUUAUAUUUACUUUUUUUUAAUUUUUUUUUUUUUUUCUCAACAAUGAAGCUUGUAGUACAAAAUGUCCAAGCUUGGUUACCCAGACUUCAAAAUGCAUCAUUGUCAUUUCUUUUGCCAACCAAGCACAAAACAUUUUUUUAUGUGACUGUUUUAAGAUAUAUAUAUAUAUGAAAAAAUACUUAAAAAAAAAAAAAAAAAACACCACCACAAGUCAUGGCCUCUUUCAGUAUUUAAACAUAACUGGAUAUUGCCAGUUUUUCAAGAAAUUGGCAUAAAUAAGUGGGAUUUCCUGGUCUUUUUCUAAUUGUAUAAUUUAAUUUAGUACAGAGUUUGUAAAAUAUCAGAGUAUCUAUUGUUUCUACGACAUGGUAUUGCAUUUAUAUCUUUUUACUACUCCAGUGAUCUGUGAUGGCUGCAGCAACUUUAUGUUUUCUUUUUUUAUUGAAAUUAUAAAAUAAAUCCAUCUUAAAAAACAUUGACUAUCCUAAAGAUUGUGUACAGAAUAUUCCGUAGUGGUGGGAUUUAAGAAUAUUUGCUUUUUUGAAAAACAUAAGAGUUGUAUUUUCUGUUAAGAGUUUAAAGAUUUUUGCUAUAUAAUGGACAAAAUGUAAUCGUAUAUUAAUUUUGUACCUACAUUGUGCAAUACUUGAUAAAGCAAACGGUAUAACAAAGUAUUUGGAGUCAGUGUCUUACAUGUUCAGAGGGACUGAUAGUUUAUUAAGUUUGUAUUAAAAAGCUUGAAAAUAAUAA